AUGGGGAGCGGCCAGCUCCAUUAUUCUGUGCCAGAGGAAUCCCAGCACGGCACCUUUGUGGGCCGUAUUGCCCAGGAUCUGGGACUGGAGGUGGAAGAGCUGGUGCCUCGGCUGUUCCGAAUGGUGUCCAAAGGACAGGAGGAGUAUUUUGAGGUAAAUGUACAGAAUGGGAUUUUGUUUGUUAAUUCCCGGAUAGACAGGGAGGAGUUGUGUGACAGGAGCGCUGUGUGUGUUAUUCACCUGGAGGCCCUUGUAGAUAAACCCCUGAAGGUUUUCCACGUGGAAGUGGAGAUCACCGACAUAAAUGACAAUGCCCCCAUUUUCCCUGUAACAGAAAAGCAAUUUACUAUUGCAGAGUCUAGCUCUCGUGAUUCACGUUUUCCUCUAGAGGGAGCCUCUGAUGCAGACAUCGGUGCAAACUCGCUCCUUAGCUACAGACUUAGCACAAAUCCACAUUUCAGUCUAGAGACAAUAGAAAAUCAUGAACGUGGUGCAUCUUUAUUUCUUGUUUUAAACAAACCUCUUGAUAGAGAAGAAUGUGCAGCUCACCAUCUUUUACUCACAGCAGUUGAUGGAGGCCAGCCCCAGCUCACUGGCACCGUCCAGCUGAUAAUCAAAGUGCUAGACGCAAAUGACAAUCCUCCUGUAUUUAACCAGUCAGUUUAUAAAGUCCAUUUAUUAGAAAACUCAGAGAAUGGGCUAUUAGUAAUUAAGCUAAAUGCUACCGAUUUAGAUGAGGGAACAAAUAAGGAGAUCACAUAUACGUCAAGCACUUUUUCUCCUGCAAAUGGAAAAGAAAAGUUCAUACUUGAUCAAAAGACUGGUGAGAUUCACGUGAAAGGAAAUCUGGAUUUUGAAGACAAGAAUUUUUAUGAAAUACAAGUUGAGGCUAAAGACACGGGGAAUCCGCCAUUAUCAGGGCAUUGCAAAGUUUUGAUUGAGGUUCUAGAUGUAAAUGAUAAUGCACCUGAAAUUUCAGUGAUGUCUCUGCUGGUACCCGUUCCAGAGGACUCCCCUCUGGGAAUGGUGGUGGCCCUGAUAAGCAUAUCGGACAGGGAUAUUGAUGCCAAUGGACAAGUGAGCACUUCCUUAUGGCCACAUGGAACCCCCUUCAAGCUACUUUCCACCUUCAAGAAUUACCAUUCACUCUUGCUAGCUCAGCCCCUGGAUAGGGAACAAGAGGCUGAGUAUAGGCUGGUAGUGACUGCCCAGGAUCAAGGGACUCCAUCACUGUCAGCCAGCAGCACCUUGGUGGUGCCUAUCAGUGAUGUGAAUGACAAUGCACCUGCUUUUGCUCAGCCCUCCUACACGGUCUUUGUGAAGGAGAACAACCCACCGGGUGCUCACAUCUUCACGGUGUCUGCCUCAGACCCAGAUGUGGCUGAGAACAGCCUGAUCAGCUACUGGCUGGACGAGAAGCUCUGGCCCCUGUCAAGCUACAUCUCGGUGCACUCAGAGAGUGGGAAGCUCUAUGCUCUUCAGCCCUUGGACUAUGAGGAGGUGAAGCUGCUGGAGUUCCAAGUGAGGGCCAAGGAUGCUGGGCUGCCCUCCCUGUGUGGCAAUGUGACGGUGCAAGUCUUUGUGGUGGAUGAGAAUGAUAACACGCCUGUAGUGUAUGGGACAGAAGUGAUUCCCAUCUCUUUGACUGUUCCUGUGACUGCUGGACAGGCGGUGGGCAAGAUCCAUGCCAUGGAUGCUGACUCAGGCUACAAUGCAUGGCUGCGCUAUGAGAUGCAUGAGGCAAUCAGCAGCCCUUGGCGAGUGGGAUUAUACAGCGGGGAGAUCAGCGCCGCACGUUCCCUGGAUGACACAGAGGGCAGCUACAGCCAAAGGCUUCUUGUUCUAGUGAAGGACCAUGGCAAGCCAGCUUUGUCAUCCACAGCUACUUUGAGUGUGUCCAUGGUGAUGAAUUCCCAGGCUGUCCAUGGCGACGCUCACCUUUCAAGGAAGGGAGGCAGUCCAAAGCCACUGAUGGAAAAUGCCAAUGUUUACUUGAUCAUUGCUAUCUGCUCGGUGUCCAGUUUGUUCCUGCUGGCGAUCAUAGUAUACAUGGCGCUGCGAUGCCGUUUCCAGGCCAAGGAGGCCGUGGUGUAUGGUCCUGGGACAGCCGCACUAGUCUGCGCCAGCGAAGUUGGCAGCUGGUCAUAUUCAAACCGUCACAGCCAUCUUCUGGCGGGCAUGGGUGGGGAGGCUGGUGCCAAGAGUGACCUCAUGGUCUUCAGCCCCAGCAUUCCGGCCUGUGUGGAAAAUGGGCAAGUGGGAGUUGUGAAGGAACCAGUUCCAAAUUCAUCUGAGCAGGUGAGUUAUAAGAAUUGA